AUGUUGAAGGGAUGCUGGCAGAAGGGGAAGGAUCCAAAGAGGAGGAGGAGCAAAAGAAGCUGAGAGGUCAAGAUGGAGGUAGCAAGCAAGAGAGGAGACAAAAGCAGAAGCCGGAGGGUGACUCUGGUACGUCUCAGGGUGGUGAAAAUCAAAUUCACAGAGUGGAGAAAAAGCAUGAAUGUACAGUGUGUGGAAAGAGAUUUGGUAAACGCUCAAUUCUUACUUUACAUCAAAAAGCGCACACAGGGGAGAAAUCGUAUACAUGUACAGUGUGUGGAAAGAGCUUCAGUGCCAGUCGUGCCCAUACUAGACACCAAAGAACUCAUACAGGGGAGAAACCUUAUACAUGUUCCGAGUGUGGAAAGAGCUUCAGUAAUAGUCGCAGCCUUACGUUGCAUCAACGAACUCAUACAGGGGAGAAACCGUAUACAUGUUCCGAGUGCGGAAAGAGCUUCAGUCAUAGUCACAUCCUUACGUCGCAUCAACGAACUCAUACAGGGGAGAAACCCUAUACAUGUUCAGAGUGUGGAAAGAGCUUCAUUCAGAGUGGCCAACUUACCUCGCAUCAAAGAACUCAUACGGGGGAGAAACCUUAUGAAUGUUUUGAAUGUGGCAAGAGCUUCACUCGAAGUAGUGGCCUUACCUUGCACCAAAGAACUCAUACAGGGGAGAAACCGUAUACAUGUUCGGAGUGUGGAAAGAGCUUCUGUCAGAGUGGCAAACUUACCUUGCACCAAAGAACUCAUACAGGGGAGAAACCGUAUACAUGUUCAGAGUGUGGAAAGAGCUUCAGUCAGAGUGGCCAACUUACCUCGCAUCAAAGAACUCAUACAGGAGAGAAACCUUAUAAAUGUUAUGAAUGUCAAGAGAGCUUCACGCACAGUAGUACCCUUGCCUUGCACCAACGAACUCAUACAGGGGAGAAGUAUAUAUGUUCAGAGUGUGGAAAGAGCUUCAGUCAGUUUGGCAACCUUAAGUCGCAUCAACGAAUUCAUACAGGGGAGAAACCGUAUACAUGUUUGGAGUGUGGAAAGAGCUUCAGUCGGAGUACUACCCUUACCGCACAUCAAAGAAUUCAUACAGGAGACAAGCCUUAAUGUUUGCAGUGUGGGAAGAGCUUCAGCUCCAGUAGCCAUCUUACUAGACUUCAAAUAACUCACACAGGGAGUAAAUCUUAGAAAUGUUUGGCAUAUGGAAAGCACUUCAGUGACAGGGGCUCCCUUACUAAACUGUAAAGAACUCGUACAAGGGAAACGUCUUAGAAAGGGUUGGGGUGUGGGACGAUCUUUAAUCAUAUCAAAUAGCUCCUAUAGAGAACAAACUAAUGAUUGUGCUCAGUGUUAUAAUUUGCUUCUUUGUUUCAUUGUAUUUUUGCUGAACUCCAGGUGUUUGUAAUAUUUUCCUUGCUUUGAGCCCAUUUUCAGCCUAGUUUACCUUCUCUUUUAGAGGAAAAUGGAUUUUUUCCCUUUCAAAACCUGCCUCUUAUUCGUUACAGAUGCCUUGUGCUGCCAUUCUUCUUUGUGCCUGGGACUUUGCACAAAUACUUCAAACAGUUGUUGCUUUUUUAGUUUUUGGGUGUGUGGAUAGAUGAGAGAGAGAUGUUUAUUUUUUAUGAUUAUUUUUUCUUAUUUCCAAGUGAUUCAUAUUUUAGCAUUUUAUUUUUCCUGUCUUCUCCUUUAUGUCUGUUCUACAUUCUACCCAUGGGAUCUUAGUUAUCUGUCAGCUGUUCCCUGAAGGUACAAAAACAAAAUUUUUAUUUCUUUUAGUGGCUGUGUUGCAGAUUGUUCUGAUCUGAGUUAGAUUUACAUAGCCAUAUUCUGUUUUCUUCCCCAUGCAUUAUUUCCCAUGUAUUCAUCACUUGCAGAUACCGGUAUUUGCUUGAAUAUUUCUUCCUUCCCCAAUAUUUGUUAAUAUGGUGUGAAUUUCUCUUUGAUAUUACCAGGCUGAUAUUUUUCAUAGAGACAGAUGCAUUCGCUGGUAUUCUGUUGACAUAUGUAAAGUAGAUCUUUCCAAUGAGAGCAUAUCCUCACAGAUCACGCCUGUUAUGAAUAAAUGCUGUUG